AUGAUGCGUUUCAACAUCUCUUUGCUUGUUGUUGUCAUUGCACUUGUUGCUUUGCUUGCCUCUUCUUCUUCUUGCUUUGCUCAACAAUGCAAGAAUCGCAAAACUUUCGCAGAUCCAACCGCAUGUACUUCUUGUACUUUCUGUACAGCCACAAAAUCCUCUUCAUGCUGCACUGCUGCUGAAGAUUCUGCUGCUUCACUUGCUGCUUCAGUGGGUCAAUUAGUUUCCACUGGUUGUUAUGAUCUCAUGAAAAUGGGUGCUUGUGCUAUUUGUGAUCCAAAGAAUCAACAAUUUGUGAAUGAGAAUGGAACAUUGGUUGUUUGUAAGAGUGCCUGCCAAAGAGUGGUGAGUGCAUGUGGUUUAACAAGUGUCUCUUGUGAUUCAAUGCCAACCACUAAUUGUUGGAGUGGAGCCCUCUCUGUUGUGAUGUUAUGGAAGGCAAGUUUGGUCUUCAUGGUCAUGAUGAUUGGAGUUGUUUUCAUGUUGUAA